CAUCACAUCACUCCUGCAAAAACUCCUCUGAAACUAAGAUAGCAAGAGACAAUGGGAUUUUAAACUGAAGACCCAACAUGAAGACAUACUUCUAGUUGUAUUAUUUCUUUUAUUAGUGUGUGUCGUUCUUCGUGAAACAAGUUUCCACCUUUGCACUGGAUGCUGAGAUGCGCAGAAAGUGACAGCGGUGACAUCUCUUCUACAGUCCUCAACGAGUUACAAAACGCCAUGAAAGACGACUUUGCAGACGAGGAGGAAGUUCAGUCUUUUGGAUACAAGAGGUUCGGGAUCCAGGAGGGCACCCAGUGCACUAAGUGUAAGAAUGAAUGGGCGCUGAAGACCUCCAUAGCUCUGCUCUAUGUGCUGUGUACUCUCCUCACCAUCGCUGUUGCUGUGCUUGGAUAUAAAGUGGUGCAAAGAGUUGACAGUGUGUCUGAAGGUAUUGCAAACUAUGGAGGAAAGAUAAAAGCUGUUGAGACUGAUUUGAAAAAGCUCGAUGAUCAAGCAGGGGAGAAGUCGGAGAAUACCACCAUAGAGAUCCAGGCAUUUAAGAACAAUAUCUGGACACUCCAGAGGCAGCUGUCUGCGGUGGAGGAACACAUCCACAGCGAUCAAGUUAAGCUGGGUCAGCUGCAGAGCAUUGGCACAGACAUUCAGAAAAGCCAGGGCUCCAUUCAGGGACUGCUGGACAGCAACACAGCCACCUUGCACUCUGUAAAUGGCACCCUGCAGUCUUAUGGCGGCACCAUUGGGGGUCUGCAGGACGACACAGCCCGGCUGCAGAGAGAACUCCAGCAGCAGGUGAAACUUCAGGACCAGGCGCUGCUCAGCAUCAGCAGCCUCAACUUCACACAGGCCCAGCAGAGAGGCCUCAUCGCCGUUCUGCAGCGCUCAGUGGAUGACACCAGCCAGGCCAUCCAGAAAAUGCGCAAUGACUUUCAGAGCCUCGAGCAGAAGGCCCGCCAGGCGCACUCUGAUACCGAGUGGCUUCGUAAUAAGGUGGAAAACCUGCAGGUCAUGGCCGGUAACACCUCGGCUCUAGCAAAAUCCAACAACGACAGCCUGGAGGAGGUGGGAUCGCAGCUGGCUUUCAUGGCCAACCAGCUCCAGAACACCAGCAGCCUGGCUGAUGCUCACGACCAGACCCUGAGGGAGAUCAUGGACCGGCAGAGGGACUUCGGUAACCUCACGUCCACCAAGUUUGACCGGCUGGAGGUGCGCCUGGAUGAGUCGGAGCAGAGCAUGGACCGCGUGACCGGCAACAUCAGCUUCACCACGCAGCUCCUGGGCGCCAUCAACCUCAACCUGAACGACUUGCGCACGUGCUCCGAGACCGUCGGCCGUCACUCGGACUUCUUGCUGAACCUCAACAGCAGCAUGACCGACAUGAGGACAGACGCAGCCGGUCUGAGGUCCCAGCAGGAAGAGCUGGCAGCACGGGUGGACAAGGAGGUCACCAGCCUCUCUAUUGUCAUGGAGGAGAUGAAGCUGGUGGACAACAAGCACUCCCAACUAAUAACCAAUUUCACUAUUUUACAGGGUCCACCUGGUCCCAGAGGACCAAGGGGGGACAAAGGACCUCAGGGACCAUCUGGUCAGCCUGGCCAGAAGGGAGAGAAAGGGGAAAAUGGUGUUCCAGGGAUACGAGGACCCAGAGGAGAGCAGGGUUUCCCCGGACCAUCAGGUCUGCCAGGGUUAAAAGGCCUGCCAGGCGUAUCUGGCAGCCCCGGAUCCAAGGGCUCCCGAGGGUCAGGAGGAAGGGCCGGACCUCCUGGAGCUAAGGGAGAGCCAGGUACUGCCGGUCUGCCUGGAAGAGACGGACAGCCUGGUCCUCAGGGGGCACAGGGCCCACCGGGUAUCAGAGGUGCAAUGGGACCAGUUGGUGAGCAAGGGCCAAGGGGACUGCUGGGACCAGUGGGGCCCCCGGGGCCACCAGGACCACCGGGACAACCAGGGAUUCCAAUCCGGGCUCCGUUAAUUCCUUUGGGCCCUGUGUCUCUGCAGGAUGAGGCAGUAGCUCCUACACUCUGGGCCCCAGGAUGCCCUACUGAGUGGGUGAACUACAGAGACAAGUGCUACUUUUUCUCUAAGGACCUUCACAGUUUCGAUGACGCAAAGGCAACCUGCAAAACAACGUCAGCUUCAUUGUUGAUCAUCAACGAUAUGGAGGAACAGAAAUGGCUGAAGAAGCAGACCUUUGGAAAGGGCUACUUCUGGAUGGGUCUGACCGACAGAGAGGAGGAAAACGUUUGGCGCUGGCUGGAUGGGACUGAACCUGCUUUCACGAAGUGGAAGCCUGGUCAGCCUGACGACUGGGGCCAUGGACAUGAAAUGGGAGAAGACUGUGCGGGACUCAUCCAUGAAGGGUUGUGGAAUGAUUUCUUCUGUGAAGAUCUCAUAAGCUACAUCUGUGAGAAGGAAAUGGAGACCUCAAGAUUGCCUGAAUCGUAGCGAUGUCUUGAAAGGGAGCUUGCAGUGAGCAGCUAGACACGUGGCACUGGUCCACCGACACGGCGCAUGGAGAGUCCGUACGGAGAGAGCAAAGGGACAAUUUUGAAACGAGCCCAGGGCUGCAACAGCAAACAUCUCUCCAAUGCUGAAGAGACGCCUUUCUCCUCCAAAGUAAACCCAGUCCAACAUCACCAGCAAGUGCAAUACAGAAGGGCAAUCACAGAAGGAGGACUUUUAUUUUUUAAAGUACCAAAUCACCAAUCAUUUGAUAUAUAUAUUUUUUAUGAUUAUUUGAAAUACAUUUUAUAAAUCUGUAUUCCACGUGCAACUGAAUAUCUGAAUGUAUAUUUCAUUCAGAUAUUAAGUUUUGUAGGAAAUUAUAAAUUCUAUGAAGCCAAGUGGACUUACUGUUGUGCUUUUUAUAACAUGUAAUUGCCUUAAAAUGAAAAGGUGCAAAAUGAUGCGCAAAAAAACAUGAAAUGUCGCUGAUAUGCUAUCUUUGGGGAACCUGUUAUCUAACCUCAUGAAUGUCUAUAUAGCAUUUUCAUUUAUACGAGUAGAAACCAAAGGAAGUAUUUACACAUAAAUACAGAAAAAUGUCACAAUCAGCUUGAGUUUUAGUUCAAGACUGAACGUUUACAGUUUAAUACUCAGUGUAUGAUACAGUAUUUUGUGAUUAUGAGAUUUAUUUUUCACUAUUACAGACGUACAUAUGUUUAUGAAUAUGAAUCUGUGGAUGCUACCUACAAAUAUAAAAUGUGCCAUUUUCUGCACUCAGGUACUGUUUCCUGUUAAGAAAAACACUUAAACAACACUACAAAAGAUGAAGGAAACACUCACAAAUAAAUAUGUAAAAACUAAA